AUGUCAGGAAAAGUUCACGGUGGUAAAGGUAAAUCCGGUGCCAAAGAUGGUGGUAUCAGAUCUCAAUCUCAUUCAGCAAGAGCUGGUUUACAAUUCCCAGUAGGUAGAGUUAAAAGAUUCUUGAAGAGAAAUGCCCAAAGUAAAAUCAGAGUUGGUGCCAAAGCUGCUAUUUACUUAACUGCUGUCCUAGAAUAUUUAACUGCGGAAGUUUUAGAAUUAGCUGGUAACGCUGCCAAAGAUUUGAAAUUGAAGAGAAUUACACCAAGACAUUUACAAUUAGCCAUCAGAGGUGAUGAAGAAUUGGACACUUUGAUCAAGGCUACUAUUGCUUAUGGUGGUGUUUUGCCACACAUCAACAAGGCUCUUUUAUUGAAAGUUGAAAAGAAGAAAACCAAAUAG